AUGGAGGAACAUUAUGCAACGGUGCUUGCGCCCUUUUACACGUGGAGCUUGAUUGGAGACGACUUUGGUGCUGCGGUGGACACAGAGGUGCAGCGGUUCAAAGACCUGUGCCCAGCCAUCCCGGACCUGGCCGGCGCCGAUGCGCUGGAUCUCGGCUGCGGUAGUGGGCUGCAUUCAUUGGCGCUGGCCAAGCUUGGCAUGCGCGUGCGUGGCGUCGACCUGUGCCAGCAGCUCCUCGACGAGAUGGCGCAGCACGCCUCAGACUUGGGGCUGUCCGUGACUGCUGCUCGCGGCGACAUCAUGAACCCAGCCAUCUGGACGGAGGGAUCCGACGGCGCGACACAGCCCGCCGUCAUCACGUGCAUGGGUGAUACGCUCUCCCACCUCGGCUCCAUCCAAGAAGUGGAGGCCUUCCUGGCCUCUGCUUAUCCACAGCUGCGCCAGGACGGCAUGCUCCUCCUCUCCUACCGUGACCAAGAGGUGGAGCUGGUCGGUCCUGCGCGCGUCAUCCCCGUGCGCAGCAGCCCAACCCGCAUCCACACGUGCUUCCUGGAGUUUGAGCCAGAGCACAUCCACGUCAACGACAUCUUCCACCAGUUUGAUGCCGAUUCGCAGGCGUGGACGCAGCACGUUGGUGGCUUCACCAAGCUGCGCAUCACCACCAGCCUCGUCAUCACGGCACUAGAGGCCGCGGGAUUCGAGAUCCAAGCACAAAACACGUACGGUGGCAUGUCGUACGUCUGCGCCACCCCACUACACUAG